UCAAUUUAUCGUUCGUUAAAAAGUAAACAAACUCAACUCUUCCAAGUCGCAACCUCGAGCGCAUCGUUUUUUUGGCACAUGUAAAAGAUUUCCAAAGUCAAUUUGAGGGGUUGAUCAUGAUGUCUAGUCUCCCACCAAGCUCUCCACGGCUUCCCAGCCCACCUCCUCCUACAGAAAUCCAGAUUGGUCCGAAAUCACCAUCCCUUGGAACGGCUUCCUCAAACCAAGAACAAAUGAUUGAGCAGAGUAUUAUAGAAACAAAUGCUAGUCGAAGGAUACAUCCUGGAACAAAAGCUGCCGAUAUGGCUGCUGGUCCACCUCUCAUACCUUUGAGUGAGCUCGACUCAGCAUUUCAACUACAAGAACAUUUAAAAGCGCUCCAUUACUAUCAUACUAAACCUCCCUCCCAAGACCAUAGCAUCCCUAUAACCCGCGAAACCGCCGUCGAAAUAGCUACACCACCAAAUGGGCUCGAUCAAGCUCUUUGGCUUUACGAACUCUGUCGUUUCUUAAUCAACAAAUGUAAUGAUCUAAUAAUUGGAUUCCUCUUCGAUGAUCCUCCUUGUUCCGCACAUACAUGUCCAGAAAUGCGCGCUUCCGAAUGGCAAUUUCUUUGCGCCGUACACGAAUCACCCAAAAGUUGUUGCGCGAUCGAUUACUGCUGUCAUACAUUGGACUGGGCUACAAAUAUUGUAACUAGUCAAAAGAUUUUUCCAAGUCGUUUGAGUAUGGCCGCUGGUGAUGCGAUGGAUGACAGAGGGGCUGGUGUUAAACAUUUAAUUAAUAUUUUCAGGCGCUUACAUCGAAUAUUUGCGCAUGCGUGGUUUCAACAUCGGGGAGUAUUUUGGCAGGUUGAGGGUCAGACAGGUCUUUAUGUUUUGUUCAAGACGGUUUGUGAUAUGCAUGAGCUAUUGCCGCCAGAAAAUUAUAAGCUACCACCAGAAGCAGAGGGAUUGGAAUAUGUUGAGGAUAAACCCCCGGCGGUUAAAUCGAUUUUGAAGACACCAGUAGGGGUUGAGGAAGACUUCUUAGGGCUUGGAAGACAAAAUACAACUAGAAGACAUGUUAGACAAUCACCUUCAGUGGGAUCGGCAAUCACGACAGUUCAGGAGAUUGAUGAGGAAGAAGGGGACAUAACUCAAAGAUUAAGGGCUGCACGUAAUUCACGAAUUGCAGAGGAAGAGGGAGAGGAUGGAGAGACGGAAAAUCAUACUAAAACAGAGAUAGAGAUACCCGUUAUUGUGGAGACCAUUAAGGAGGUGGAUCCAGAUGAUGAUAUGGAACCCGAGGAGACGAAUAAUGGGGUAGUAGAGGAAGAACACUCAAGUUCGCAAACGAUCCAAGAUCUGGAAUCUGAGCUGGAAGAUUCUGAGACUGUCAUCCAUGAUGAUAAUGAUUCGAAAGCAGAUUCAACAGGGUCGUGGGAUAGUAUGUCUGGUGAUUCGGUGGGAGACAAGACAGAGGUGGAACAAGAAAAUGGUAAUGCUAGCGAAGAGAAGUCAGAGACAGUCAUCGAAGAUCCAAUUCCAGAAUUAGAACCAGAACCUACUUCAGAGCCAUCUAGUACCGAAAGUAGCGGAGAAACAGAAGAGGAGCGAGAAGUACAAGAGCAGAAGGAUAACUCCAGCGAGGAUGAACAUGCAUCUCCACCCAAAGAAGUAUCUACCACUAAAGAAACCCCUCCCAAAAAGUCCAAGAAAUCCAAGAAGAAAGCCAAAAAAUCCGCUGCAGCAAAAGAAGCUUCAAAAAUAUCAACAGCAACCAAUCACAUAAACGACGAUACGAACACUACGGAUAAGGAAAAGGCAUCGGAUCAAGAUGGAGAGAUAGGGGAACAAAAGACUUGAUCUUCCUUUCUUUCUUUUUGUAAAAGGUACAGGGCAUUGGUAUGAUGGAUGGAUAUGGAUUCUAUGAGCUUAUGUUUCUUUCUAUGGGGUUUUAGGGAUUAACUUUACCUAGGUACCUACUUUAUCUACAUUACUUGCUUACAUUACUUCUCGCUUGUAUUAUAAUACUCUUCUUCACUUUUUUUACCCAUUUUAUAAUAAAGAUUCAGAUUCUGAGCUCGUGAAAGAAAGAGCGUUUUUAUGUUAUGGCUUGUUUCUUCAUCUUCAUCUUCAUCUCAUUGUCUCUUUUCCUCUUUUGAAAGAAAACGCAGCAGAAAGAUGGAUGGAUAGGAGAGGGAUGAUGGUGAUGAUGGUUUGUUGGUUGGUAUGCUGGUUGGUAUGCAUGAAUGAAACUUGUACUUGUACUUGUAGGAUAUGAUAAGAUACCUAGAUUAGGAAGGGGGAAGAGAGGGGAGAUAUCGAUAAUGCGUAGUU